AUGCAGUUUUCUUAUUUUUAUCUUUCAAUAGUCUUUCUUCUUUUUUCAUCUUCAUGGACUUAUGUUGUCAACGAACAGGAUGGAAAAUGGUCAUGGAGUAAUGCAAAGCAUUUAACACGAUCUAAUUGGACAUCGUCAUUAAAAGCGAAUAAUAAUUCUUCUAAAAUACAUCAUGCAGUAUGGUUCAUUUAUAAUUAUCUUAAUUAUUGUGGUUAUUGUAAAAGAUUUAAACCGAUAUGGGAAUCUGCUGCUCAAUAUGCAGCAGGUUGGUCAAGAUUCAUUAAAAUAGGUGCUUAUGAUUGUGCAAGUGAAUCGGCAUCAGAACAUGAUAUUUGUCAAGAUGAUGCAUAUCCUCAAUGGCGAAUAUAUUGUCCAUUGACAAAUUCAACUCAAUUAGCAUUUGACUCAGACCGACAAACCGCAGAUACAAAACCAGAAGAUAUUUUAAUUUGGUCAAUAAAAAAAAUGAAUAAAAUUGCACAUCAAUGUUAUGGAAAAUCAUGGCCGAUUCGUGAUGUAAUCGAACCAAAAAAUAUCGAUGAUUUAAAUAAUUUAAUUCCAAAACGUAUAAAACAAUUUCAAUUAUUCGUUUCAGAUGAUAUUCUACUUUAUAGUCUAUAUGUAUUAAAUAAUUCAAAAACUGUCUCUCAAGAACCAAUUUAUCGUUUGGCUGUAAAAAAUUCUAUUACACAAGAUACUGGUAUUUGGAAAGGAAUGAAAAAUGACGAUGGACAAAUUUCACUUGAACAAGUUAAUUCAACAAAAACAACGGACCAAUUUGUAUUAAACAAAAAGGUUAUCUCUCAUGCUAAUCAAUCCUUAGAAAAAAAGAUCGGUUCUCUAAAACCAACACUAACUGAUAUUGAUAGUGCUGUUGUUUGGAUGAUUAAAAAUGAUCUUCAUAGAAAAUUACCGAAACUAUUUGAUGAGGUUAAAGCUUGGCUUAAUGUAGUUUAUACGUAUUAUCCUGGAAGUGAUAAUAUGCAUAAUUUCCUUCAUGAUUUAAUCAACUUUAUGAGUAAUCGUACAACAUUAUCAUCAAAUGAGCUUAAACAUUAUAUUGAUUCAACAUCGGUAAUUUAA